AUUGUAUGAAAUUUUUGUUAAUUUUCUAUCUAAUAGUUUUAACAGUAAAAGUAACGAUGAUUUCUAAAACACUAAGAACAAUAAUUAUGGGGCCUCCGGGUUCUGGAAAAGGCACAAUAUCUUCUAGAAUCGUGAAAGAUUUUAACCUGAAACACUUAUCUAGUGGGGACCUCCUGAGAUCUCAGAUUCAUAACAAAACAAAGGAAGGCUUACAAGCUAAAACAUUCAUUGAUAAAGGUCAAUUAGUCCCUGAUAAUGUUAUGGUUCAGCUAAUUCUGAAUGAACUGCAGAAACUGAAACAUGAUAGUUGGCUUCUUGAUGGUUUUCCCCGGACUGUGCCUCAGGCUGAGGCUCUUCACACCAAGGAACCAGCUGACGUUGUUAUUAAUCUUAAUGUUCCUUUUGAAAUCAUAAUGCAGAGAUUGACAGUCAGAUGGACACAUGCUCCAAGUGGCAGGAUCUAUAACACAGAGUUCAAUCCUCCAAAAGUUCCAGGUAAAGAUGAUGUGACAGGUGAGGAUCUGAUACAAAGGGAGGAUGAUAAACCAGAAACUGUAAGGAAGAGGCUGGAAACCUAUCAGAAUCAUACAGAACCAGUACUUAACUACUAUAGGAACCUAGGAAUCCUCGAAGAAUUUACAGGAAAAUAUUCCAAUGAAAUAUGGCCAAAGGUGCACAAAUUCCUAUCAACAAAGAUUGAACCACUUCAGUACACUGUUUACAAGUAACUCUUCUACAUACCUCUUUAUACUGCUUUCAGUUUUAUUGUUUGAUUUUGUUUGUCAUUGAUUGUUUAUGAUUUAAUAUGGCUGUGCCAUUAUGAUUAUACAGGUUUACAUUUAUGAAGAAUUUAUAUAUAUUUACUUUUAUUUUUGAAUUACAUUUGCACUUUAGUGAUUCAUUAGAGGAAGCUGUUCCAUUUAGAUGAUACUUGAAAUUUGUUCUGUUACACUUCUCAGUAUUAAGUUUCUCCAAAGACGAAAAUAUUAUAUACAAAUGUACAUAACAAACAUGUUUAGUUCUUUAUUUCAUAUUUUCAAUAUACAAUCCAGAUACAAUUUGUUUUUUUUUUGUUUGAACAUUGUUUUAUAUAUGAUAUACAGUAAAACACACUUAUAGAGAAGUGCCAGGGACGAAUCAUUUUGAUUUGAUUGAUAAAUGUAACAUUUUAUCCAGUAAGUUAAUUACAGUAAAACACGCUUAUAACGAAGUGCCAGGGACAGACAAAUUUGCUUCGUUAUAAGCUUAAUUUGUUAUAUCCGUUAAUUCUUCAAUAUAUUUUAAAGUCAAGGGGAAUGAAAAUCACUUUGCUAAAAGUGUCAUUUCAUCAUAAGUGUGUUUGCUAUAAGCGUGUUUAACUGUAUACAUUUUAAAACUACAGGUAGAGUAAUUGGCUAUAAAUUCAUUAUGAGCCACUUUGCCAUAACUUUGUUUUACUUUAGUGUGUAAUUUUGGCAAGGAAAAAAAAAAAUUUCUUAUUGAAAAACUUUUAAAACUUAGGUAGGUUUCAAUAUCUUUGAGCAUUACCUAUUUGACUUUAUUUUAGUGAUAAUAACUGUGACCAUCAAAAAUCAGUUGCAUAAAACCAAAUAACCCUCAACACAUACCAGUAUAUAGUAUAGAGUUUACAUGUGUGUAGUUGGUGUACAUUGUAAAACACAUUUAUAGCAAAACAUAUAUGGUAAAUUUUUGCUUAGGAAAAUUAAGUCAUAAUUUUUCACCCAGUAUAUGUAUAUGACUAGACAACAAGUGGAUUCUUAGCUGGACAUAACUGCAGGUAUGAGGAAGCAAUAUUAGACAGCUGUCUUUGGUUGCUUGUUCUAACUUUAUUGAUGAACAACUGCUAUAAACAGAGGAAUAAUAUACUGAGUUAGCUUUACUUUAUAUUAAUUAUAAUGUUUGAUACUGUUCAUGAUACAAACCUAUUGUUGAUGUGAUGAAAUGAUUUUGGUUUAGAAUCAGGUUAUUCUAGUCAUUUUUUGUAAGAUAAAACCUAUUAUCACAGAUAUUACUGUGUCAUUGCUGCAGGUGACCUUUUUAUGUUGAAAGUAUGAAUCCUCCCCCAAUACAUCGAAAAAUUAAGUUACAAAAAAAUACAUGCUUAAAGACACACACACACAUACACAACACAAAUACAGAGUUCAUAAAUUAUUAUCAAAAAAUUUAUGUUCUUUCUAGACAAAGUGAAAAGAAUCCACUAGAAGUGAUUGGACAGAGUGUGUAUAGGUCUUUUUUUAUCAUGAGGUAGAAAAAUGAAUAAUAGAUGUGUUAACAAUUCAUAUCUUUGUACAUCCUUUAUGAUCUUAACACCAUUAAGACAUUGAUUUUCUGAACUUUGAUGUAUCUUUAUGCUGUAAGAGUGUGUUAAUUAGUUUCUUAAACAUUUUGCUCAGUGUGCAUAUCUUUUGUGAAAAGAGCUUUUCUUUUCAUACACAGAGGUUGAAUGGUACAUCAUGUGAGUAUAAGAUAAGGUAUUAUCUCCAAAUUGUUUGUUAAAUAAAAACAGAUAGAGCUUUCUAA